GCGCUAUUUAGUCCUCAGAGUGCCCACCUGGUGUCUUGCUCUGUUCCUUGGAAGCGCUUCAUGGCUCGUGGGGAUGGGGUGUCUUCCCUAAAUGCCUGUCACCUGCAGGGCUCACUUGCCCACACUCCUAGAUGGGCUCUUUGUCCUUGUGUGUCUUGAGUAGCCUCUUAAGUUUUUCAUUUUUUAAGAAAUACACCACCCCCACCCCCGCCAAGCGGGGCCUGGCCGCUCCCUAAUGCUCUAUUUCUACUUCCUUUCAGAAUUCUGGCAGCCCAUGUGGGAUUCGAAAAAUGGUUGGCCAUAUGGAAUCUGGCUUCUAUGCACCAUGCUUAACUGAUAAGCUGGCGGAGCGGGAGGUGGGGGGCGUCCUUCCAAGUUUGAACAAACUGCCGUGCUUUGGGGACAUUAUGUCUGUUGGUCCCUUUAAUCCAGACCCUGUAAAUCCUUUCCUUAAACACCACAUAUAAAUAUUCUCAGAAAUCUGACAUGCCUGUGAUCCCUUCCUACCCUGGACCAGAGAGCCCCUGUCCAACCUUGGCUGGAGGCAAGCAUCUGUGAAGCUUCUCUGGCACAACGAGCCAUAGUUGACUCACUUCCCCAUCUGCACCACCACACUGGUGGCAGCUCCUAUAUAAUUUCCAAUCUACAUUUGUCUUCCCUAGUACACCAAAUUCCUUAAGGACUCAAGGAUUGUUUUAUCCAUGCACUCCCAGUUCCUGACAUGUACUGCAUGUUUAGCAGGUGAUUGUUGAGUGAGUAAAUGAACUUUCCCUCAUCCUCCUUUCUUCGCUAAUAGUGGAAGAGGCCUGCCUAGUGCCUUAAAUGAACCAAUGUUCAAUAUCCUUUCUCCUCAGUUAAUUUCCUUGUGCGUAAUUGUUUCCUCUCCUUUGCUCCCAUCAGCUAAAAUACCUUUUUGCUACAAUACCCUAAAUUCUCAGGGUCUUAUCUACUACCCUUGAUCUUUCCUUUAUAGUCACAUUCCCAAAAGAGUAGCCUAUAGAUCCUGUCCAUCUGUUCAUUUCCCAUUUAUUGUUUAAUCCACUGGAUCUAGCUCUCAACUCCACCUGCAUGAAAUUGCUGUAAUAUUAUUAAAAGCAUCAAUGAACCCAGUGCCGAAAUGACUCUUCCCAUUUUUCAUACCAUUUGCUCUUUUUGUUAUAUUUUUCUUCUUUAACUUCUUUUUCUAGAGAAAUACUUGCCAUCCUCUCUCUUUGGCUACUUCUGAGUCUUGUUUUCUGGUUCUUCUAACUUUGUCCACUAUUGAAAUCAACAUUGAAGGUUGAUGUGUCUCAGCCUUCUGUCCCUGCUCCUGUCUUUUCACAGUACCCAGUCUUCUUGGAUAACUUCAAUUUAUAUCUCUAUUGCUGAGCUCCAUGCUUGUAUGUCACUUUAUUACAAAUUAGUAUCUCUCAAUUCUAGGGACGAAAUGGACAUAUCCAAAGAACUCAAUCUUCCCUGCUCACUGGUGCCUUCUUUAUAUCUUGGUGAGUGACACCAUUAUCCACCUAGAUAAUGUUAGACCUGAAAAUUGUCACCCAGCCGUCUUUUUCUCUAAUACACGGUCACUGUAUUCUUUGGUUUCCACAUCUCUCAUACCUGCUGCUUCCUUUCGAGCUCUAGUGCCACUGCCUUCAUUCAGGCCUUAGUUGGAUCUCUUAUCUGCAGUUUGAACACCCAUCUUUCUGUGAUCACUCUGCCUGCAUCCUGAAUCUCCUCUGCUCUCUAUUCUUCACGUCUUCACCAGGUUAAUAUUCCAAGAACGUGACUCUCAUUCUUUUACUUACUUGGUCAAAAAGUUCAGUGGCUUCCUGUUAUCAGCAGAAUAUAGCCAACACAACUUUCCAACCUCGCCUCAACUCCUCCCGUACACGAGCUUUCUAUUACAGCCAUACUUGUAUCCCUUCUGCAUUUUUGCGUUUGCUCAAGCCGUUUGCCAUGUAUGGAGUGCCAUUCUCUUUCACCCUCAUAACCUGAGUUUUCCCCCACUUUUGAGGCUCACCUUACAUUCUGCUUCUUCCCAGGACACUCCAGCCCACAGUGAUAAUAGCCAGCAUUUUCAGAGCACCUUACAGUUUACAGAAUGCUUCUACCUGAGAGUUCAGCACUACUAGCCUCAUUUUAUAUGCAAGAAAACGGAGGCACAGAAGAGCCAAAUAACCUGCCAGAGGCUACACAGCAGGGAGUGGAGCUUGCUCGCUCUACACGCUGCUUCACAUCGGAGGAUAUCAGUGGGAAAGCCCUGGUCUUGGGCACAGACAUGGGCAUGGACAUGGGCAUGAAUUUGAUGGGACUGCCCCUGGCUGACCAGAAAUACCGCCCCAGGAGUGGAGAGAUGGAGGCCAUGGUAUUGACCUGUUCAUUGUGCAGACAGGAUCUGCAAGGUGUGGGCUCCUGGCUUCUACCCUGCCAGCACUUACUCUGUAAAGACUGCUUCCAAGGCUUGAUCCAGGAACUGGGGCCAUUUGCCAAGGUUCACAGUUUUAUCCUAGAUGAGCUCAUCUCCUGUCCUCGGUGCAAGAGAGUAUAUCUUACCAGAGAUGUAACCGAACAUAUUUUCCUACAGUGCUUUUCUGCUGGGCAACCCAAGAUGGCCAGGAACUGCUCCGAGUGCAAGGAGAAGAGGGCAGCACACAUCCUCUGCACCUACUGCAACCGCUGGCUGUGCAGCUCCUGUACAGAGGAGCACCGGCAUGGCCCUACCCCUGGGGGCCCGCUCUUCCCCCGGGCCCAGAAAGGAUCUCCAGGAGUCAAUAGUGGUUCUGGGGACUUCGCCUUGUACUGUCCUCUGCACCCACAGGAAGUGCUCAAGCUGUUCUGCGAGACCUGUGACGUACUCACAUGCCAUAGCUGCCUCAUGGUGGAACACAAAGAACACAGGUGCAGGCAUGUUGAAGAAGUUUUGCAGAACCAGAGGAUGCUUCUGGAAAGUGUGACUACACAGGUGGCACAUAAGAAGUCCAGUUUACAGACAUCUGCAAAGCAAAUCGAGGACAGGAUUUUUGAAGUGAAGCAUCAGCACAGGAAGGUGGAAAACCAAAUCAAAAUGGCCAAAAUGGUUCUGAUGAAUGAACUGAACAAACAGGCCAACGGGCUCAUAGAGGAGCUGGAGGGCAUUACUAAUGAGAGAAAGCGGAAGCUGGAGCAGCAGUUACAGAGCAUCAUGGUUCUCAACCGUCAGUUUGAGCAUGUGCAGAAUUUCAUCAAUUGGGCUGUCUGCAGCAAAACCAGUGUCCCUUUCCUUUUCAGCAAAGAGCUGAUUGUGUUUCAGAUGCAGCGAUUGCUGGAGACAAGUUGUAACACAGAUCCUGGCUCCCCUUGGAGCAUCAGAUUCACCUGGGAGCCCAACUUCUGGACCAAGCAGCUGGCUUCCCUUGGCUGCAUAACUACUGAAGGUGGACAAUUGUCUCGGACAGAUGCUCCUGCUUAUGGAGGCCUACAGGGACCCUCAUCCUUUUACCAAAGCCACCAGUCUUCAGUGGCCCAGCCAGAGGCUCUUAGCCACCCUGCACACAAGUUCCAGUCUCCAGCACUGUGCUCCUCAUCUGUAUGCUGUUCCCACUGUGCCCCAGUCUCACCCUCCCUCAAGGGCCAGGUCCCCCCACCCAGCAUCCACCCAGCCCAUAGCUUUAGGCAGCCCUCCGAGGUGGCACCCCAACAGCUGGGGUCGCUGCAGUGCCCCACCCUGCUGCCUCGGGAGAAGGAGCUGGCCUGCAGUCCUCGCCCACCAAAGCUGCUGCAGCCCUGGCUGGAGACCCAGCCCUCUGUGGAACAGGAGAGUGCUCCGCAGAGGUUGGCGCAGCAACUGACUUCCCAGCCUGUGUGCAUCGUCCCCCCUCAGGAUGUCCAGCCAGGAGCCCAUGCCCAGCCUACCUUACAGACACCCUCUAUCCAGGUCCAGUUUGGCCAUCACCAGAAACUGAAGCUCAGUCACUUUCAGCAGCAGCCACAGCAGCAGCUGCCACCUCCGCCACCUCCACCACCUCCACCCCCACAGCAGCCACCCCCACCCCUACCUCCAUCCCAGAACCUGACUUCAAGUCAGCACGAGAGCCCUCCUGGGCCUGCCUGUUCACAGAAUGUGGACAUAAUGCACCACAAGUUUGAACUGGAGGAAAUGCAGAAGGACUUGGAGCUGCUCCUUCAGGCUCAGCAGCCCAGCCUGCAGCUGAGUCAGACCAAGUCUCCUCAGCAUCUUCAGCAGACCAUUGUGGGGCAGAUCAACUACAUCGUGAGGCAGCCCGCGCCCGUGCAGUCCCAGAGCCAGGAGGACACCCUGCAGGCUACAGAUGAGCCCCCUGCAUCUGAGGGCACAAAGCCAGCUCUCUCUCUUGAGAAGAGUACUACUGCUGCCCUACCACAGGCAUCUGGGGAAGAAGCCCCUCUGAGUGUCCCCCCAGUGGACAGCACCAUCCAGCAGUCGUCUCCGAAUGUGGUGAGAAAGCACUCCACUUCAGUGAGCAUCAUGGGCUUUUCCAACACUCUGGAGAUGGAAUUGUCGUCUACCAGGCUGGCAAGAACCCUGGAGCCACAGAUCCAGAGUGUGAGCAGCCUGGCAGCUGGCCCCCCCAAGGUGGUACCAAGCCUGCUGGGUGGCUCCCCUCAAACUGUGUCCAGCCUGACAAGUGUUCAAAACCAGGCUGUGCCCAGCCUGACAACCAGUCAUCUACAGACCAUGCCCAACCUUGUGCGUGGCACGUUCCAGUCCAUGCCCAGUCUCCUAAGUGAUUCCCCCCAGGCCAUCCCAAGCCUGGCAAAUGAUCACUCUCAGCCUGGGCCCAGCCUACUAUCUGGUCAUGCCCAGGCUGGGCCAAGUCUGGCCACUUGUCCUUUACAGAACACACCUCCGGUUUCUGAUGUGCAGUCAGAAACUGGAUCCAGCUCCUGUCCUGACCGUGGCCGAAUUGCAGGGAGCCUGUGCCCUGGGGAUGGGGCUGACCCCUCCCUGGGGAAUCCCCUAUGUAAGUUGGAAAGUGAGGAUUCCACCCGCUUCACUGACUCACUGGGAAAAGGUCCUACAGCCCCUGGUCUGGAUGCUCCCAAGGACUUGGCUAUCCCCUCUGAACUAGAGGAACCAAUUAACCUCUCUGUGAAAAAACACCCACUGGUGUCAGUGGUCAACACUUCCACGGCUCUGCAGCAGUACCGGAACCCAAAAGAGUAUGACAGUUUUGAACAAGGAGCCCGAGAGCUGGAUACAAAAGUGAAUCAGAGCAUCAGAGCCUUCAACGGUGAGCCUAAAAUUCCUUAUGUGCGACUGGAGCGACUCAAGAUCUGUGCUGCCUCCUCUGGAGAGAUGCCGGUGUUCAAGCUGAAGCCGCAGAAGAGAUCUUUUUUGCUGAUCAUUGAGUGUGGCACUGAAUCCUCUAGCAUGUCCAUCAAGGUCAGCCAGGACAGCACGUCUGAUGCCACACAGGCCCCAGGUCUUGGGGGAAGAAAGGUUACAGUCACCUCUCUGACUGGGCAGCGGCCACCAGAGGUGGAAGGCACAUCUUCUGAAGAACACAGACUCAUUCCUCGAACCCCUGGAGCCAAGAAGGGCCCUCCAGUCCCCAUAGAGAACGAGGAUUUCUGUGCUGUGUGCCUCAAUGGGGGAGAGUUGCUGUGCUGUGACCACUGCCCCAAAGUCUACCAUCUGUCCUGCCACGUGCCAGCCUUGCUCAGCUUCCCAGGGGGAGAGUGGGUGUGUACCUUGUGCCGCAGCCUGACCCAGCCUGAGAUGGAGUACGACUGUGAGAAUGCCCGCUACAACCAGCCUGGAGUGCGGGCACCUCCCGGCCUGGGCAUGUAUGACCAGAAGAAGUGCGAGAAGCUGGUGCUGUCGUUGUGCUGCAACAGCCUCAGCCUGCCCUUCCAUGAGCCCGUCAGCCCCCUGGCCCGGCAUUAUUACCAGAUUAUCAAGAGGCCCAUGGACCUGUCAAUAAUCCGGAGGAAGCUGCAGAAGAAGGACCCGGCUCACUACACCACCCCAGAGGAGGUGGUGUCCGAUGUGCGCCUCAUGUUCUGGAACUGUGCGAAAUUUAAUUAUCCCGACUCCGAGGUCGCAGAGGCCGGCCGCUGCCUGGAAGUGUUCUUUGAGGGCUGGUUGAAGGAGAUCUACCCAGAGAAGCGGUUUGCCCAGCCACAGCAGGAGGACUCGGACUCCGAGGAGGUGUCUAGUGAGAGUGGGUGUUCCACUCCCCAAGGCUUUCCAUGGCCCCACUACGUGCAGGAGGGCAUCCAACCAAAGAGGCGGCGGCGACAUAUGGACAAUGAAAGAGCUAAAAGAAUGUCGUUCCGCUUGGCCAACAGCAUCUCCCAGGUCUGAGCGCUGGAAGGAGACUGAGCACUCUCGCAGUUGGUGCCCCACCCUGUCGACCAUUUCUCCCCAUCUUUCAGCUUACUCUCUUCAGACUGCCAAUGUGAGAUGAGUUUGGUUGAGCUGUGUAGUGCUCUUCUUUGCCAUUUGCAUCUACAGCAUUUAUUUGGGAGGCAUAGUGCACCCACUACAGAGAUUUCAGUAAUAAACAGAAGAGAGAGAGGUGUUUCUUCUUACCAGAGUAGUCAAAUGUUCAGGAUCCACUUGACAGACCAUGCCUGGUCAGGCUCGAGAGAACCUACCUUCCUCGGUGAAUUCUUUCUACUGAGGGAAGCAGACAUUUCUCACCUUUCAGUGUCCAGGGCUCAGGAGCAAUGUAUAUAUCUGAACUCCUCCUGGGCUCAGAAGUAAAGAAGAGAGAGGGGUUCAGACAUAUGGCAGGCCUGCGAUCCUGGCCCAGCACAGCCAAAGACUGUCUCUGUUUGCCUUUGCUUAUCCUGUUGGGACAGACACACCUGUCACAAGCAGAAUAAUGGAGGCUUCUAGAGGCCAUAGGUCUCAGUUGGGUUCUAACGGUUUUCAGGGUAUUAUUUUCUCAUACCCCUUUCCAGAUGUUGACUUUGGGGGCUGCAAAGAGGGUGCUCUGGAUGAUGUGGCAUUCUUGACUGAGCUGGGUGGCAGUGCAGAGACUACUUACAUCUUCCAGCUCAAAUUUCCCUUGCAGGCUUAAGAAGAUGUCACCUUCAGAGUCUGUCCUCUUUGCUACUUAUUUUGGACUAAUAACACUUCUUUGGUGUCAGAACCUGCCUUUCUAGAAGUGACUGUCAAUGCUUGUCAGGGGCACCCCUUCAUCAUUUCCAUUCAGAGGUCUGGAUCCUGAGUUCUUCUUGGGAAAACUGAGGUAGCUGCUGUCUGCUUCAGGGACAGAGCUCCCUGGGCAAGGAGAGUGAUCGACAGCCAGUUCACUCUGCAGGGCCACGUCUCCUGCUUAGAGAUUCUGGUUCUCAACCUCACCAAGUUUAUAGAGUCAACAAUCAGAAGUGAGUAAUCUGACCAGCCUGUCUCCUGGGCUGGCUGGAGCCUAGAAAGAGUGAAUCCUCUAUUGCAGCCCUUUUUUUGUUGGAGGUUGGAGAAGGUCGUCGGGGACUGGCAGGAGUCAGAUUGUUCAUUCCUGGAAGAGGUUCUGGGUGGAAAAGAGGAAAACUGAGAAUUGAGAAGCCAGGGUCUUUUGAUGACCCUGAAGCUACUUAGCUCUCCUAGACUGUAGAGAGAAGUAUUCUGGAAGCCAUGGGAUUAGGAACUCCAGGCUGCAUCUCAAAAGGAUCUUCAUAGUCCAGGUAGGAAGUGACAUAGACAGAUACCAGGGGCCAGACCACCUUCCAAGCAAGGGCUUGGUUGAGAAGGAUCUUCUUGCUGAUUUUGUUGAGGGAGGUAUGGAGCUGACUCUAAGACUUCUCUCCAUGCUUCUGCAAUGGCAUGGCUACUUUCAGGGGAGGUUUGGGUCAUGGCUUUGUUCUUGCUAAGAGAUACUGUUUAAGGAAAAAAAUCCUAGUGAGCAAUUUUUAAUCAGUGAAUCUCUCUCUCCUUUCUCAUUUACUUCUC